AUGGCUGAACCUAACAAAGAAAUCCCAACGGAUCCCUCCAUCGCGCCCGGAGGUGCUCCACCUGCAGGAGAAGACCCCGCACAACCUUCUAAGAAGGGAGCAAAGAAAGCAGAAGCCAAAGCGAAGAAGGAGGCAGAAAAGGCACGCAAAGCCGCCGAGCAAGCUGCCAAACAAGCUGCCGCCGGAUCUGCUGCUUCUGAAGACCUCGCAAAAGAUAACUACGGACAAAUCAAACAUACCACAAAACUCGAAGCCGAAAGUGUACAUCUGAGGGAGAUCGGAGAACAACAUAUUGGCAAGACGAUUAAGGUUCGCGCAUGGAUUCAAAAUGCACGAAUGCAAGGAGCAAAGAUGGCGUUUGUGGAAUUGAGAGAGGAGGGCAAUUGGACGGUGCAGGGAGUUGUGAGUGCCAGCGCGGAAGGGAAGCCAGUUAGUAAACAAAUGGUCAAAUGGAUUGGAGGCUUAAAGCUGGAGAGUUUUGUUGCGGUUGAGGCUGUAGUACAGAAGCCAUUAGAGUCUGUCAAGAGUACCAAGGUGUCGAACUUCGAAUUACAUCUCGCAAAGGUCUACUUGGUAGCUGCUGCUCCUGAGAUGUUGGGUUUGGGUUUGGGCCCAGCGAGCAGGGCUGUAGGGAAGUUAGAUGAGGAAGAGGAUCUAAGUGAAGCUGCUGCAGGGCUUAGUGUCACAGAAGGUACCCCGACUGCCAGUUUGGCCUCCCAUCUCAACAAUCCUGCUAUGCAUAAGCGAGCGCCUGUCAGCCAGGCUAUUGCUGAUAUUCGAAUUGCUGUCGAGGACUACUUCUGCGAUUACUUGAGAAGCCAUCGUUUUAAGAAAUUCCAUCCUCCUUGUUUGAUCGGAGCUGCUUCCGAAGGUGGUGCAAACGUAUUCAGAAUGCCAUACUUUGAUAAAGAGGCAUAUCUCGCCCAAUCCCCACAAUUCUACAAACAGUUUGAAAUAGCAGGAGGCCGAAAGAGAGUUUACUGCGUCGGGCCUGUUUUCCGUGCAGAGAACUCGAAUACUCCAAGACACAUGACUGAGUUCAUUGGUCUCGAUUUGGAAAUGGAAAUCGACGAACAUUAUCACGAGGUCUUGCACAUGCUUGAAGGUGUCCUCCUUUUCAUUUUCCGUAACCUUGCCGAAAAUUACCGCGAAGAAAUCGAACUUAUCCGCUCAAUAUACCCAUCCGAAGAAUUCCUUCUCCCCGAAGCUGGCAAGGAAGUCCGUCUCACUUUUGCCGAAGGUCAAAAACUCCUUCGUGAAGAAGGCCCCGAAGAAUUUAGGAACGUCAGCGACACAGAAGAUAUGAGCACGCCUCAAGAAAAAGCUCUCGGAGCACUGGUUCGCAAGAAGUUCAAUACUGACUUCUAUGUCCUCGACAAGUUCCCCGUCGAUGCUCGUCCAUUCUACGCAAUGCCUGACCCUGAAAAUCCUGCUGUCACAAAUGCAUAUGAUUUCAUGAUGCGAGGUCAAGAAAUCCUAAGUGGUGGUCAAAGAUUGCACUUACCAGAGCAAUUAGAGGAGGUUAUUAGAUCGAAAGGAUUGGAUCCUAAUCAACCUGGUAUCAAAGAAUAUGUAGAUGUAUUUAAGAGUGUGGGUGUGCCACCUCACGGUGGUGGAGGCAUUGGCUUGGACAGAGUGGUGGCUUGGUACCUGAAUCUGCCAAGUGUGCAUUUAGUCUGCGAUUAUCCGAGAACACCGAAGAGAUUAAGUCCUUAG